AUUUAAUUUACAGAAAUCCAUCUUCUCCAACAAGGAUAUAAACUUUUUGUUUCUUCCUCACUCUGCCACGCUUCCCUUUCCUUUUGCCAUCAGUCAUUAAACCUUAAACCACACUACUAAUCAUAUAAAAUAGAAAUAGAGAUAAAAUAUCCCAACCACCAUUCUCCGAUCACCGUAAUCACCCGUUAAUCGACUCAUUCCUGGAUAAAUAUGAACCGCCGGCGACCCCUAUUGACCGUUUUCAUCUUCAUCCACAUCCUAGUCUUUUCUCAGACCCUGAAUUCUUUCCCUUUCCCUUUCCCUUUUCCUAAAAAAGUUCACAAAAUCGAAGGACCCAUCAAAACCCUAGUCGUCUUAGUAAUGGAAAACCGUUCAUUUGAUCACGUAUUGGGCUGGAUCAAGAAAUCCCGCCCCGACAUCGAUGGGGUCACCGGCGAAGAGCACAAUCAUGUCAACGCCGCCGACCCUGCGUCUAGUAAAGUCUACGUUUCCGACGAAGCCGUUUUCGUAGACUCCGACCCGGGUCAUUCUAUCCAAGCCAUCCGCGAACAGAUAUUCGGGUCUAACUUGACCCACGCCAACCCGGCUCCAAUGAACGGGUUCGUUCAGCAAGCAAAUACGAUGGGUGUUGAUGGGUUAGACCGCACAGUAAUGAGUGGUUUCAAGCCGGAGCUUUUGCCGACUUACACCGAGUUAGUAAACGAGUUCGCCGUGUUCGACCGGUGGUUCGCGUCGGUUCCUGCGUCGACUCAGCCGAACCGGUUCUACGUCCACUCUGCAACUUCCCAUGGAGCUUCAAGCAAUGUAAGGAAAGAUCUCAUCAACGGGUUCCCCCAGAAAACAAUCUUUGAUUCUUUGGACGAAAACGACCUUACAUUUGGGAUUUAUUUCCAAAACAUUCCCACCACAAUGUUCUUCCAAAGCUUGAGAAAACUCAAAUUCAUUACCAAGUUCCAUGAGUAUGAUUUGAUGUUUAAGUAUCAUGCUAAAAAAGGUAAGUUGCCGAAUUAUGUGGUGGUGGAGCAAAGGUACUUUGAUGUGAAUCUUUUUCCGGCGAAUGAUGACCAUCCGUCGCAUGAUGUGGCGGUGGGGCAGGCUUUUGUUAAGGAAGUUUAUGAGAUACUGAGGGCUAGUCCUCAAUGGGAUGAAAUGGCUCUCUUGAUCACUUACGAUGAACAUGGUGGGUUUUAUGAUCAUGUACCUACACCUGUCGAUCAUGUCCCUAACCCUGAUGGGAUCAUCGGCCCUGAACCAUAUUACUUUCAGUUUGAUCGGUUGGGGGUUCGGGUUCCUACCCUGUUGAUUUCACCUUGGAUCGAUAAGAGCACAGUGAUCCAUGAACCCAGUGGGCCAACUCCAUAUUCGCAGUUUGAACAUUCUUCUAUUCCGGCAACUGUAAAGAAGCUCUUCAAUCUAGACUCCGACUUCUUGACCAAACGCGAUGAGUGGGCAGGGACCUUCGAGAGUUACUUCAAUCUUCGUGAUACUCCACGCGAUGAUUGUCCAGAAACCCUUCCUGAAAUUCAGGUGUCUUUGAGGCCAAGAGGACCGAAUGAAGAACAGAGUCUCACCGAGUUUCAAAUCGAACUAAUUCAGCUUGCAUCCCAGCUUAACGGUGAUCACACUCUUAACACGUAUCCCGAAAUCGGAAAAUACAUGACCGUUGGUGAAGCUCACCAAUACGCACACGAUGCAAUCACAAGGUUUCUGGAGGCCGGAAAAGCUGCCCUGAGAGCAGGAGCCAAUGAAUCUGCCUUUGUCACAAUGUGAUCCUCUCUCAGUAGCCGAUCUUCACAAAGACGAAUUCAAAGCUUUUAAUUUCAAAAACCGUCAGUUGUAUGUAUAGAAACGGUUGCUUUCAUGUGUGUACAAUAAUGGUUUAAUUUAGAUUUACAUAGGGUUUUUUAUUAGCCGCCGUUGGAUUUGAUGAGUGAACCACCGAGUUAACCCGGGUCAAAUGGGCUGAAUUUAUUAAUCCAUAAGCCGAUUCAAGUCACUGGCUUAGAAUUCUCAAGCGGUCACACAAUCCAUGGGGGACCAUGGAUGUAACUAUUGUUGUUGCCAUGUCUUCUACUUGCUGUAUUAAUAAAUAAUAACUUAUGC